UAAUAAUCGAAAAGCAGCUCUACAAUUGGCAAAUGCCAUUAAUUGGCAGCACUGGCCGGAAAAGCGCAGCCAACUUCAAGGGGCAAGCUCCCAAAUCUUUCUUUUCCUUCGAGAACGCCUGCGGAGCGGUCACGGCGGUCCUAGGCUCCGCACUUUUCAAGAAUGAAGCCUCAGGCUGCAACGAAGGAUGCCGCCAAGGGCAAAGGAAAGGCCUCAGCAAAGUCCAAGAAUGCUUCCGGUAAGGGGGGAGCUUCCUCCGGAGAGAAGUCCACUGCCCCGCCGCCAAUGAACUCCAAGAAGGUGGCCAAGGCCCCGGCUGUCGCUUUGCGUAAUCUGGAUUUGGCCACCAAGGAAUCUGCGAAGAAGGUCGCCGAUCACGUGUCGAAGAAGCUGGUGCCUCCCUCGUCUUCGGCAUCUUCGGCCACAAUGGUGUCUUCCAACAAGAAGGUAAAGGCUGCGGCUGCCCAGGCGCCCAAAAGGGAAGCGCCCUCGAAAGCCGAGGCUCCGCCGGCCAAGAAAACUACUGUGGCUGCAGCUCCGAAACCCAAAGCUGGUGCCGCAGUGAAGAAGGAGCCUGCCCCGGCUGCCAAGGUGGCAGCCCCUAUCAAGCCAAAGCCCAAGCCGAAGCCGAAGCUUAACUCGAAGAAGCUGACGCUGCGCGGGAAGAGCGCGUCCAAGAAGAAGGUCUGGCAACGCUUCGUCAUCGAUUGCACGUGCGUGGUCGAGGACCAAAUUCUGGACCUUGCCGACUUCGAGAAGUACAUCAAGACCCACACCAAGGUGAACAGGAAGAUCAACAACCUGGGCGACUUGGUCACCUUCGAGCGCUCCAAGCAGUCCUCGCUAAUCAUCCACAGCGGUGUCCACUUCUCGAAGCGUUACUUCAAGUACCUCUCGAAGCGCUAUCUGAAGAAGAACAGCCUUCGCGACUGGGUGCGAGUGGUCUCCACUGGUAAGGAGUCCUUCACCAUGCGCUACUUCAAGAUUCAGAGUCAGGACGACGACGACGAGGACGUGCUGGACAUGAAGACCUAGAUCCUUACCACUCAAUUUAUUCAUCAUCCUAUCUGACCAUUAAAGGUCCAUAUCGUAAUCAUAAACAGUAUCAUCAUCAUCAUUUCUAAACACACUAAUAAUCUAAGUUAGCUUUAAUCCUAAUCUAUAUUGCUGAAAAUCUCUUAAACCACUGGGGAGACCGACCUUAACUUGAACCCUGACUUAACUACCCGGCAUUGAUCUUUAACGUUUGUCGAUGGAAAUUCCAUCAUGGGCUUAUAUUUCUGGAAACUCCGCCAAGUCCACAAAUAUAAGCCACCUAGAAAUAAAAAUAAAACAAGCUACGGCUGCUCGGAUCAUUUUUAAUAAUGCCGACCGUAAGCUUUAGAAUUAGUUCGAUAGUAUUAGCUAUUAGUUUAUUAUUAAUAUUAGUAAUUAAUAUCGCCGGAAUUCUCUUAAACCACUAGGAAGGGAGAACACGCCCUUCUGACUAAAACUACUCGUCUUAAAACAUGGCUUGUAUCAAUGGAUACCAUCAAUUCCAUUAUCAUCAUUAAAAAAAAAUUUCAUCUCUUUAAAGAAAAGGUAUUCUGAACCUUUGGAUAAGUGUCGACCUUUUAUGCUUAUCCUCGGUUUAGACUUUUAGUAUCCUAAGUUAUUAUUAAGCUAGUUUUAGUUAGUUUUUAGCUAUAUCAGUGGAAAUCUUAAUCCACUAGGAGGGUCUAACGCUUAAACUUCAAACCAAGAGACUGCUCUAAAAUACUCGAUGAGCAGUCCAAAUAUCUCUAUCCUUUCACAUUAGUUCGUAAUUGAUUUUCUAACUCUGGAAUCGGUCGAUUCCCUUGUUAUAAAAAAAACACAAUUCUAGAAAUAAGUUACGAGUUGCGACUGCUCUGAACAUUUGCUUGAGAAGUGUCGACCACUACACCAUUAUAUUAGUUUUUAAUUGCUCUUAAAACUACACACUUGAAACCCAAACACAAAAAAUGUAAACCCAAAAACACAAGUUACGACUGCUCUGAUCAGAGAAGUGUCGACCAUUUAUAAUUAUCCCUUUAUAUUAGUUUGUAAUGGCACUUAAAACUAAAACCUACAUUUUUAUAUUCUUAUAUAAAAUGUAAUCAAAAAACAUAAAAAAAAGGUUACGACUGCUCUGAACAUUUCGAAGAGACUUAGUGUCGACCACUCAUCCCCUGUAUUAGUUUGUAAUUUUAGAAUAAAGAGACUGCUUUAUAUCA